CCGCACCGUAGGACAAACAAUCACCAAAACUAUCACCACAAAUCACCUGGCCAAAUGGCCCCAGGAACCCUCCUCCAUCUCGCCCGUCGGCUGCGACUGCCAAACCUCCCUUUACUCCCCGCCCACCAACCAACUCUCCUCCGCUCGCACCUCCUCCGUAACCUCCGCCAACCCCUCCGCCCUUCCUUCUCAACAGCGAAGACAACCCCACCACCCCCAGCAAAGCCCGCCACCCUCUCCGCGAGGCUAAAACACCUCUCGCGUGAGUACGGUUACAGCGCACUGGGCGUGUACCUUCUCCUCUCGGCACUCGACUUCCCCUUCUCCUUCCUGGCAGUGCGUUACCUGGGCACGGAAAGGAUCGGCGAGUUAGAAGCCAGUGUCAUAGGCUUCGUCAAACCGUACUGGGUAUCAUUACGGAGUGCUGUUGGGUAUCCACCUGCACCGGUGCCGGUUGGGGAUCGAGGGGUAGAGGUGGAGGGGGGGGAGGGGAGAUGGGAAUCAGUACACGAUGCGGAGGGGGAGGUUGAGAAGGCAGCUAGUAUAUGGACGGAAUUAGCACUCGCCUAUGCGAUCCACAAAUCCUUCAUCUUCAUCCGAGUGCCGUUGACGGCAGCGGUGACUCCAAAGGCUGUGAAGGUUUUGAGAGGGUGGGGGUGGGAUAUUGGAAAGAAGGGCGGAGCAAAAGAGGCUGUUAAAAAGGCCAGGAGGGGGGAUUAAACAGGUUCUCGUGGGGCAAGUGUGAAGUCGUGUAUGAUAUGAUAGGAAGCCUAUCCUUUAUCCCUGCUUUUUUUGUACACACGUUCUGCC